AUGCUCCUCCAAGACAACAAGGCUAGACAAACCGCAACCCUCUAUGACGCCGUAGCAGGUCGAGUGUCCUCAGCAGGCUUCAUCCCGAAGCGAUUAGUAUUCUCCUCCACUAGAGACACCCCCUCAAGUUCUGCUGCGCCAGUACCCCCUGAAGCAGUCUUGUUCCGCCGAAAGAAUGCCCCAACAAGGUUCGCAGAAGAUGACAUAUACUUCGCGAGCGACAGGAGGCCUGGUAUCAAGCUGCCAGAGUCUGAUCUUCUCAAGGCCCUGCACUGCUAUGCGUCUGAUUUCUACUUGCGAAACACUACAGACGGCGGAGCCCAAGAUUGGAAGAGCCUUGAUGACACUGGCUUGAUAGCGCUCGGCAUCUUGAUGGAAGAAGCCUCUAGCCUAUCUAUGACAGGAGAUCUAGUCUUCGCCGAGGGCGAGCGGAUAGCAGACUCAUUUCUACCAAGGUCGAAGGCCCAGCAGGCAUCUCGAACUCCAAAACCAACCAGGAAAUUAAAAAGCAGAGCUUCCAAGAAGCGUCGGCUCUAUGAACCCAGUGUCAAUUUCGACAUUGAUUGA